GGCAGGGCAGCGCGGCCGCCGCUCCGCAGCGCAGGGACCGCCGCCGGCCGCCCCCAAGAUGCUGUUUUGGCACACGCAGCCGGAGCAUUACAACCAGCACUCGACCGGCAGUUACCUGCGAGAUGUGCUUGCGCUGCCCAUCUUCAAGCAGGAGGAGCCGCAGCUGUCUCCUGAGAACGAUGCCAAGCUGCCCCCCUUUCAGUACGUCCUCUGCACAGCCACCUCCCCCGCCGUGAAACUGCACGAGGAGACUCUGACCUACCUCAACCAAGGUCAGUCUUAUGAAAUCCGUCUACUUGAGAAUAGGAAAUUGGGAGAGUUUCAAGAUUUAAACACAAAAUAUGUAAAGAGUAUAAUUCGUGUGGUUUUCCACGACCGCCGCCUGCAGUACACGGAGCAUCAGCAGCUCGAGGGCUGGAGGUGGAGUCGGCCUGGGGACCGCAUCCUUGAUAUAGAUAUCCCGCUGUCAGUUGGUAUCUUGGAUCCCAGGGCUAGCCCAACCCAGCUGAACACUGUUGAAUUUCUCUGGGAUCCGUCAAAGAGGGCUUCAGCAUUCAUUCAGGUACAUUGCAUCAGCACGGAGUUUACUCCACGGAAACAUGGAGGAGAGAAGGGGGUGCCCUUCCGGGUGCAAAUCGACACCUUUAAGCAGAAUGAAAAUGGUGAAUACACAGAACACUUGCAUUCUGCAAGCUGCCAGAUCAAAGUGUUCAAGCCUAAAGGAGCAGACAGAAAACAGAAGACUGACAGGGAAAAAAUGGAAAAGAAGACCACCCAAGAGAAGGAGAAGUAUCAGCCUUCCUAUGAGACAACUAUUCUCACAGAGUGCUCUCCCUGGCCAGAUGUGCCUUAUCAAAUGAACAAUGCUCCAUCUCCAAGCUACAACAGUUCUCCCAACAGCUUCAACCUCGGAGAUGGCAACAGUUCUCCAACCCACCAAAUGGAGCUCCUGCCUCCCACCAAUGAUCAUCUCCUUCCUUCUGCUUCUAUUCAAGAUGCCCAGCAGUGGCUUCAUCGUAAUAGGUUCUCUCCAUUCUGUAGACUCUUCUCAAGUUUUUCGGGUGCCGACUUACUGAAGAUGUCCAAAGAAGAUUUUGUUCAAAUCUGUGGGCCUGCUGAUGGAAUUCGGCUCUUUAAUGCAAUUAAAGGAAGAAAUGUGAGGCCCAAGAUGACAAUUUAUGUCUGUCAAGAACCAGAGCAAAACAGGUCUCAUCUCCACCAAAAACGAGAAAAUGGAGAUGGCAGUCUUUGUGUGUACCACGCAAUCUUCUUGGAGGAGCUGACCACGCUGGAGUUGCUGGAGAAGAUUGCGAACCUGUACAGCAUUUCUCCACAGCAGAUCAACCGCAUCUACCGGCAGGGACCCACGGGCAUCCACGUCCUAGUGAGCAAUGAGAUGGUGCAAAACUUCCAAGACGAGUCCUGUUUUGUUAUCAGUACAUUGAAAGCUGAGAGCAAUGAUGGCUACCACAUCAUUUUAAAAUGACCGUGCUGCACAGAGAGACUUUAACGGCCUAAAACUUAGUGCCUCACUGAGAUUGCUACAACCUAGACUGGAAACACGAAGAACCUUCUGGAUAAAUGCUCCUGUGAACUAAGAAUUACCAAACAGCUUAAGAAAAAACUUGCUUUUACAGAUAGAAAUUUUUGGUGGUGUGUGAUUUUGGUGGGUUUGGUUUUUUUUGUUUGUUUGGUUUCAUUUUUGUUUUGGUUCUUUUGUUUUUUUUAAGCUGGAGCUGAGAACAUCCUCAAAGCUUGUACAUGUUUUUUCCUCCCUCCCUUCCUCUUCAGUCUUGAAAAUUGUAGAGGUGUCUGCUUAUUACUUAGAAACAUCUGCCAUGUACUAAAGGGAAAUGAAAGAUAAACAAAUCCCAAUUCUCUUCA